AUGACCAGCACAGCAUUUUUGACUUAACUUUUAGAUAAAACUGUAAAAGCAAAGUAAAGUAAAACUUAUAAUCUGCUCUAAAUAUGGACAAGAUCUUUGAUGGUUUGUUUAUAUGAUGCUUUUAGGCCAUAUCCUUCGAGAAGAACCUCAGUUGGUCAGUUUCAACCUGGGACAAAACCCAUCGAACUUUGGUGAUCCUGUUACCUCCUUGCAAUUUACAUUCGCACGCUCAGCCUCUUCAACAACAGGAAGUCUACCAUUGUAUGGUUUCCUUGCUUGAGAAGACUUUUAAACUGAUUUAAAAUGGAAAGGCAAAGGCUGCUUAAAUUGCUGAUUGACGAUCCCUUUCCUUACAUCAAAUGGACUUCUGACUCAUACCCGUUUAUCAAUACUUGUGUCCUAGACUCAUUGCUAGCUGCUCUUCAAACAACCUACAUGAAAUAUACAAAUAUAGAAAAUCUUUUAAAUUGCAAUGAUUUUUUCAGAAAAAUUAUGAUUUUGUUAAAAGAAAAAAAGUAUAAUGACGCUCGACAUCUCUGUGUGAAAGAGCUGAGUCCUGGUAAAGUUGACCUUUAUGGCCAUGUCAAAGAAUAUUUCCCACUAUUUGCGAAACUGGCAUGUGCAGAAAUCACUUAUAACCAAAACCCUCCAAAUGAUGGUGCCAACUAUAAAGAAAUACCCAGCAUAUUUAUGAAAUGUGGUGAUGUAAAAGUUCUGGGCAACCAGUCUGAUCCAAAUCUAAUUCUGGUUCAUGGUGAAGCUCACAAUGUUCUGUAUUGUACUGAACCGCCACUCCAAGUUGAUGAUGAGAAGAAAAGGAUCUUUGAGCUUCAAUUUUUACUGCUUGGGAAGGAAGAACACAUGACGAUGUGUUUCCAGUACUCCAAAAAUGAAUGGUAUCUAUAUGACAAUGAUCCAACAAAGCCUUCAUUUCAGCCUUUUGAGUGGGAGAGUCACGUAAACUAUGUCAAAUGUUUGGCUGGAUACGUCAAUAUAACCCAAGCAAACGAAGAUAAGCUUGGCAUUCCUGAGACUGGAGAAACAGCAGGAGCAAGGCUUUUUUCCAGUGAUACCAGUUCCAUCCAUUCAGAUUCAGGACGGUCAGUGGAGGACAUGGAAGUGGAUGAUCAGCCCGCUGUCGCGAUUCUUGAGACUAGACAAGGACUUCCCAGUCCAAAGCCUUUCUAUGAAAAUCAGCCAGAGAUUUCCCCCAUAUUCAGCAACCAGGAACAGCUAAUAAUUGACAUAGAAAUGCCAUCCUGCAGCAGCUCUGACUCUGAUUAAAGGUGAUGAUGCAUUUGGCAAGGAUCUGCUCAUUUGAGACUUUGACAGCAAAUCAACUUCAACUCAAUGGCCACUUUACUAGGAAUACUUGCACACACGAUAGCAAUUAGCAUAUAAGCAUUCACGUGUUACCAUGCUAGCUGUUACCAUGUUACCCGUUACGAUAUCAUGCCUGCUGUUAGCUCACGAGUUGUUAGCAUGUUCACCAUUAGCAUGUUAUCAUGAGAGCUGUUAACAUGUUAGGAUUAGCAUGGUAGCAUGCAGAGUUCGCAUGUUUGCUGUUAGCGAGUUCGCCUAAGCAUGUUAGCAUGCUAACUGUUAGCAUGUUAGCUGUUAGCAUGUCACCCUCAGUGUGUUAGCAUGCUAAAAGUUAACAUACUAGCCAUUAGCAUGUUAGCCUGUUAGCUGUUAGCAUGAUAGCUGUCAGCAUAUUAGCCUUAAAGUGUUAGAAUUUUAAUAAAUAGCAUGUUAAUCAUUAGCAUGUUAGAAUGCUAGCUGUUAUCAUGUUAGCAUUAACAUGCUAGCUUUUAGCAUGUUAGUAUGCUGUUAGCAUGUUAGUAUGCUAACUGUUAGCAUGCUAGUUAGCAUGUUGGCAUUAGCAUGUUGGCAUGCUAGCAUGAUAGCUGUUCUGCUACAGCUCAGCAAGCACACUGCAUUUUCUCUGCAGAAAUACAGUCUAGUUUAUUUUAUAAUUAUUAAAUAACAUGAUUUUUGUUUUAGACAGAUUUAAUGAUAAUUUAUUUCGAUCAAACCAACUUUUUAACCUGCACAAUUCUGAAGAGAUUAUGUUUUUGAACUCAUGUAAAUUUGUUCCAGAACAAAACAUAUUCGUGUCAUCUGCAUAAAAGUUAUGAAGUGGUGGAAAUUGUGGUGGCACCAAUAUAAGAAGGAGUUAUAUCUAUAAAUCUAUUUGUUAUACUAAUCUGUAAAUGUUACUGUAGUACCACCAUUGCAUGUAGGUUGACAAAACUGCACUUGUUCAUUGUGUGAAGUUCUCUUUUAUGUGUCGUCGCUUGACACAGUGUAAUUUUGUGUUAUGAAGACUGCAUGAUGCCAUGUCAUUUUUGUUAUGAGUAUCACUGAAUCGGAAAAAAGUAAAAUGCACCCACUAAAUUGGCAGCCUGGUGUUCAGAAAAUAACCUCGCUCUGAACACCAAGAAACCCAAAGAGCUCAUUGUUGACUUCAGGAAGCACAGCACCAACCUAGCCCCCCUCUACAUCAACAACGUGUAUGUGGAGAGGGUCCACACUCUCUGGUUUCUCGGUGUCCUCAUCUCCGCCGACAUCUCCUGGUCAGCAAACAUUACAGCAGUCAUUAAGAAGGCUCAGCAGUGGCUACACUUCCUGAGAGUCCUCAGGAAGUACAACUUAAGCUCCAACCUGCUGCUGACCUUCUACCGCUCAUCCAUCAAGAGCAUACUGACGUACUGUAUUACAGUAUGGUAUGGCAGCUGCACUGCUGUAGACAGGGAGAGGCUCCAGAGGGUAGUUAAGGCAGCACAGAAGAUCAUUGGCUGCCCUCUCCCCUCCCUGAUGGACAUUUACACCUCCCGCUGCCUUAGCAGAGCUAAGAAUAUUAUCAAGGACAGCUCCCACCCUGGCUUUGAUCUGUUCGACCUGUUCCCCUCAGGGAGGCGCUACAGGUGCAUCAGGACAAAGACAAAUAGAUUAAAAAACAGCUUCUUUCCAAAAGCCAUAACCACCCUGAACUCGGAUAUGCUCUGACUUUAUAGUCUAUUUUAUUUUACUAUUUUACUAAUUUAUAAAUGUGCAGUACUUUAUAAGGUGACUCUCUCUAUGCAAUACUUUUAUAAUGUGCAAUACCACACUCCAUAAUGUGAAACGCAACACAUGCACCUCAGGACUGUGCACCUUACACACAACACAUGCACCUCAGGACUGUGCACCUUACACACAGCACAUGCACCUCAGGACUGUGCACCUUACA